AUGACGAACGACAUCAAGCUCCUCAAGGGCAGCAGCCAUGGGGAAUUGUCCGAGAAGGUCGCUCAGCGACUGGGCAUUCCCCUCGCGAAAACCAUGAGCCUGAACUACUCGAACCAGGAAACCAGCGUCCGUGACGAGGAUGUCUUUAUCGUACAAUCUAGCGAGCCUGGCAACAUUAAUGACGGCCUCAUGGAGCUACUCAUCAUGGUCCACGCUUGCAGAACUGCUUCUGCUCGUCGCAUUACCGCCGUCAUUCCUUGCUUUCCCUACGCUCGACAGGACAAGAAGGAUAAGAGUCGUGCCCCGAUCAGUGCAAAGCUCGUCGCGAACAUGCUGCAGGUUUCCGGUUGCAACCACGUAAUCACGAUGGACCUCCACGCCUCGCAGAUUCAGGGUUUCUUCAACAUCCCCGUCGACAACCUUUACGCUGAGCCGAGUGUUCUGCAGUGGAUUCGAUCCAACAUGAACGUUGACGACUGCGUUAUCGUCAGUCCCGAUGCAGGCGGCGCCAAGCGUGCCACUGGUAUUGCCGAUCGCUUAGAGACCGGCUUCGCGCUCAUCCACAAGGAGCGCCCGCGCCCUAACGUUGUCGGCCGCAUGAUUCUUGUCGGCGAUGUUACGGACAAGAUUGCCAUUCUGGUAGACGAUAUGGCCGACACCUGUGGCACCCUCGCGAAGGCUGCCGAGACUCUCGAGACUGGUGGUGCUCGUGAGGUCAUCGCCAUCGUCACCCACGGUGUGCUGAGCGGCAACGCAGUUGAGACGCUGAACAAGAGCUGUCUGUCUCGUGUCGUCGUCACCAACACGGUGCCUCUUGGAGACAAGAUCGAGCGCUGCCCCAAGCUGCGCGUCAUCGACAUCAGCCAGGUCCUGGGCGAGGCUAUCCGGCGCACCCACAACGGUGAGAGUGUUAGCUACCUCUUCAACCACGUGCCGGUCUAG